UUCGCAUUCAGUUUUGAUCCAGCAUUCCUUCUUUGCACACUCAAAAUACACUACUUUUUUAUUUGAAGAUGAAGAUUUUCCCAGGAAUAGAAAUUUUAGUGUUAUUUCUAAUGCUGGCAGCUGUAAUACAAGUAAAGGCUACACCAGUUCAAAAGAGCUUAAGCAUUGAUACGAUACGCGAGAAACGUCAAAUAGAUUUACGAAUAUCGGCUGAACAUGAUGACGAUGUAGAUGAAACAGAAUUAGCUUUGGAGGCUAUUGCCAAUUUGUAUCGAAGUCCAGAUGGUAAAACUCAAAUCGAUGGAACAGCUAAAGUUAUGCAUCGUUCAAACUCUUUACAAAACGGUCCUGGCACUGAUUGGAGGCUGGGCGUACAAAUACAGUUUACAUGAAUCGUAUUUGCAAAAGGAAAACUGCUUGUACUAAUAAAUCCCUGAUAUGGAGGUGAUCUUGGCAAUUAAGUGUAAUUUCUUGACAUAUGUACAUACAUAUGUAUAUUGUAUAUAUUUCAUUACUACGUGUUCCAUUCCAUUGAAUUGGAUUGUGAUAAACUUUGUGAACUCUGGCGUUAUACUUGGUUUAAUGCUAAUAAUAAAGUGAAUGCAAGUCUCAUUUUAUACAAA